AUGUAUUCUAGUAUAGUCCCCACAGUCCCUGCGCAACCUACAGAUGAAAUGGGAAGCCAAUUAAAGUCACCUGAUCCAAGGCCUGAUGACCCUCCAGACUGUAAUUCUCAUUUUGUACCAGGACCCCCUGGAGCAUCUGUUUUUCUCCCUGCAGGCUACCCAAGAGGCUUGUCUAUGGGAUAUGAUCCACAGCAGCCCAGUGCCUUCUCAUAUUGUCAGCCAACUAGUAGUACCCAUCCUAUCCAGUACCAGCCUGGCAACUAUCCUGUGCCAAAUAAGCCUGCUUCAAUAAUAUGGAUGCCAGGGCCAACUCUUAUGGCAGACUGCCCUCCUGGUCUGGAAUACUUAACACAGUUGGACAACAUACAUGUUCUUCAGCAUUUUGAACCUUUGGAAAUGAUAACACAUUUUGAAACUAAUAAUAAAUAUGAUAUUAAAAACAACCUGGACCAGAUGGUGUACAUUGUAACUGAAGACACAGACGACUUUACCAGGAAUGCUUACCGGACACUAAGGCCCUUUGUCCUCCGGGUCUCUGACUUUAUGGGCCGAGAAAUCAUGACAAUGCAGAGACCCUUCAGAUGCACCUGCUGUUGCUUCUGUUGUCCCUCCACCAGGCAAGAGCUAGAGGUGCAGUGUCCUCCUGGCAUCACCAUUGGCUUUGUUAUGGACCACUGGAACCUGUGCCGGGCGGUGUACAGCAUCCAAAAUGAGAAGAAAGAAAAUGUGUUGAGCAUCCGUGGGCCAUGCUCAACCUAUGGCUGUGGCUCAGAUUCUGUGUUUGAGGUCAAAGCCAUCGAUGGUGUCUCUAACAUCGGCAGUAUCAUUAGAAAGUGGAAUGGUUUAAUGUCAGCCAUGGGCCAUGCUGACCACUUUGACAUUCACUUUCCAUUAGACCUGGAUGUGAAGAUGAAAGCUAUGAUUUUUGGAGCUUGCUUCCUUAUUGACUUCAUGUACUUUGAAAGAUCACCACAACAUUCAUCAAGAUAG